GACUAUACUCGACGGAAAUCCAGCAUCUGUGAUAAGCUAUCAUCCAUUUAUUUACUAUGUUCGAUAAGGAAAUACAAAGCAAUGAUAUAAUUCAUAUGUUUUACAAUCUCAUAUAAUCAACAGACAUUUGAGAAUAAACUCAGUCUUUCUUAGCAAGUCAUUCUUGACAGACGUGCUUCAAAUGGAUCGACUAGAUAUAGAAAAAAAACGAGCAAUCGAACUUGGUAUUCGCUAUGUGAAUAUUCACUGGAAAUCUGUUAUUGAGACCGAGGUCGAAGUUUCAGUCUUAAGUGGUGGAUUCAGUAGUCGUUUGUACUUAGUUCAGGAUACUUCGACUUCCACAUCAAAUCCAAUAAGAAAAUUUUUGGUUCGUCUUUACGGCGGUAAAAUCGUCACCGGAGACGAUCCAAUUAGGCCAGAGGGUGGUGAAGUGAAAGAGACGCUAGUGUUCUAUGCUAUGGAUUUGGCGGGAUUGGGACCAAAGUUGUACGGAUCAUUUGACGGUGGUCGGGUUGAGCAGUUUGUACCUUCGAAAAUGUUACGAGACAUGGGUUAUGACCAGAGAUCCGAAACCAUGUCGGAGCUAGCAAGAAAAUUGGCUCGGUUCCAUGCGUUGGACUUGCCCAUAUCGCAAGAACGACAUCAAGUGCUCGAUGUGUGUGAGUUCUACCUUGAAAAACGGGAUUUUGAGCAGUUUCGCAAAUUGGCGCAUCACUUUGGUUUAAUGGAUGUAAGUACGUUCGAAGACUUCGAUGUAAAAUCGGAAAUUCAGUGGUUGAGGAAGGUGGAACAGCUGGUCAAUGGUCGAAUUGUUACAAUUAGCGGAGAUUUAAACAAAAAUAAUAUUUUGAUACGUGAUGAACCAGACAAAUUUGGCGAAAGAGUGAUGAUGAUCGAUUAUGAACUUGCCGCACGAGACUAUCGUGGUCGUGAUAUUGGUCAAGUUUUCGCUUAUAAAGUACUUGAAAUGAAAGACGAUUGUUUCCGCAUAUGCUGCGAAUAUCCCGAUGAGACAUGGCGUCGCGUAUUUAUAACGGAAUAUUUGAAGCAAACGAAAUCACUGAACUACUUUGAAUGGGACGAAAAAUUGGAUAGUGUGGACCAUGUACUGAUGGAAGCUGAAUUUUUCAUGUUUCAUUCCAUUCAAAUGAUCACUGGUAUUUUCAUAAACCAGAAGAAAGACAGUGUGUUCUAUAAUAUGCCAGCAGACAUGGUGCUUAGCAUGUUGGAUUUUGGAUCAUAUUUCAUCAACAUGUACCAUCAAAGGAAAGCUCUUUUCAUUGAAACUUACGGCAAACUUUUGAAUUUGAUUGAGUAAGCUGUUUGCGAAUAAAGCUUAACCUUUCGCUGGCUUCAGUCACCGACUACCAAGGUGCUCUGAGUAGUGUGGUCUUCAAUGGAAGUAAGAGAUUGGAUACGGGACAAUAGGUUGCUGUAUGCG